UCGCCGCACCACUUCGUUUCCGAACGCCGAACGGUGAACGUGUACGUCAUCGCGUCCCGAUUUGUACUCGCUACAUCGACUCCGGCGCAUCAGUGACAAAUGGACUAUCGUUUCGAAUACUACUUGUGAACUUGUGUUUUACGUUUGACGAUUUUAUAAAUUGAGUGUUGUGAAAAAGAACGGUGCAAGAUGCUAGUGGAAGAUUCACAGACUGCUCGUGCGCUUAUUUCCAAAAAAUAUGCCCACUGUCCGCUAAAGAAGCGGCCGGUGUUGGUCCGGGAGGAGCGGCCGGCGACGCCGCCCACUACGCCGCCUCACCCCGCCCACAUGUCUACGCGCUUUUACAACGACUACAAAUGUACAGACAAUGAUGAACCUCAAAAUCUGAGCACUAAGCCGGAAGAUCUCUCCCGAACGGCUGCGAGUAAAGCUUUCUCCCCGGCAACGGCAGUGACCGUCAAGCCCGAGCCGAGGGAGUGGCCUCAGGAGCAGCUGGAAUACUUCCAAGCGUGCAGGGAACGCCUGGAGUACGUCCCAACAGAGCUCGCUCGGCCGAAGCCCCAGUACCCGUACCUGCCGUCGUUCUACCCCAACUACCCCCUGGAGGAGCUGUACGCCGCGGCCCCGGCGCUGUCGCCGCCUGCGCACGCGCAGCUGUACUCCCGCUACUCGCCCGCCUCGCCGCCGCUGUCGUGCUCGCCGCCGCCCUGCCCCGAGGACCUCCGGUCGCCGGGCUCCGUCUCGUCGGACUCCGGCGUGUCGGUCUCGGGCCAGCGUCGCCCCCGGUACCAGUGCCCUGACUGCGCCAAAUCCUACUCCACCUACUCCGGCCUGUCGAAACACCAGCAGUACCACUGCGCGGCCGCCGAGGGCAGCGCGGCGAGAAAGUCUUUCAGCUGCAAAUUCUGCGCCAAAGUGUACACGUCCCUCGGGGCGCUCAAGAUGCACAUCCGAACGCACACGCUGCCGUGCAAGUGCCACCUGUGCGGCAAGGCGUUCUCCCGGCCCUGGCUGCUGCAGGGGCACAUAAGGACUCACACCGGCGAGAAGCCGUUCUCCUGCCACCACUGCCGCCGCGCGUUCGCCGACCGGUCGAACCUCCGGGCGCACCUCCAGACCCACUCCGACGUGAAGAAGUACUCGUGCUCGGGGUGCGGCAAGACGUUCUCCCGGAUGUCCCUGCUCAGCAAGCACCUGGAGGGCGGGUGCGGCGCGCCGGGCUCCUCGCCGUACGAGUACCGCCCCGAGCCGGCGCCCGCGCAUCACCUGCACCAGGAUCUCCCACCGACCGCGCCCGUGCACGCCUACUGAAACGUACGAUACCUAGCUCGUCGCGCAAAAGCGACACUUGUAAAUAUGAGAACUCCGAUGCCGUGAAUUUGAAAUGUAAAAGAUUUUAUUUAAAUUAUUUUUUAGCCUUAUGUAUGCGUGGUGUCUGUUAAUCGUGAACGUCGAAAUAUUAGGGUCCGUGUAAAAUGCCUCCUAGUUGUAAGUUAGGGUAAGAAAUGUAGAUAUAAUAUAUCUCGCGCUCUUUGCGGCGCUGCUAGUCAUGUGGCAUUUGCCGAGUGUCAUACACGAUUUACGAAUAUUUUUAGAUAAAGUUAAGCCAUGUACAGAGUGCCUUAAUUAUAGAUAAUAAUAAUAAUUAAUAUAUUCUCGAAAAAUACGAUAUCUUUGUUGUAAAUUAUUUAUAGUAAGAAUUAAUAUAAUUGUACCUAUACCUACAUGAGGCUGUAAAAUUGUAAAAUCGCCGAUACGCGAUACGAUUCCUUCUUGUUACCUCCUUUUUUGAAAAAAUAUAAAAAAAUACAAAUUA